AGCCAGUCUUUGUGGUCACAGGAAGCAAUAUGGAAGGCGGAUGCGAUAGGACGCAGCGAAGUUCCCAUGUCUCUCAAUAUCAAAAUCUCCUGGUGCCUCGCGGAAGGGUUAUCGCCGCUCCGUGGCAAGUCAUAGCUCUGAACGACCUCCUACAGCGUACAGGACCAAUCACCUCGAAGCAGGAUAUUGAGAAGACUAUGCGAGAGACCGGACUAGAAGAGAAGUGGAUCCGCAAUUGGCUCCAGCGCCAGCGCAGGGCGAAACGAGCGAGAGAAUCCGAGGGGUCGACCGUAUCUUCUGAAGGCGCUCCUCUGCAAGACAUGUUUACUGUCCGGACGCCUACUCCAGAAAGCUCCUCCUCGAUGGCCGAAGUCAGCCACAGCUUCACUGGUGGCCCAGCUCGCCAAGACAACUUUCCAGUGCAGAUAGCAGAACCGGGCUCUUCGUUUAUUGUGCCUUUGAGACCCGGUGCUAUCCCUAUUGAUCGCUCUGUCGCGCCAUCGCCUGCUGCUUCGCUUGUCAAUACCGCAGAAUGGCACUCCGAGGGCCCAACUGGCCGCUGCGACUACAUGACCUCGGUAUUCCCCGUGCUGCCUCCGGAAAGAUGGCAACCUGAACAAGCUUAUGACCGGGCUCUUGCACCUCUGGAGGGCGAAAUGCAUCAGCCUACUGGUAUUACUGAACCCAUAUCUCAGGCCCAGCUUGACGCCGUGAUGCAGCGUCCUCAAGGUGCCUUUUCUAACGUGCCGGCGACAUCCUGGAACAUGGACCAACAGUACCCUGCUCAGUAUGUCGACCCCAGUUUGAUGUACUUGUCUCAGCUACUUCUGGAUGCGACGAACUCUGUACCACCUGUUCCUGUUCCCGUGGAACCUUCGAGCAAUCUCAACCCACUGUAUCAUCCUAUCACUUCCGACCACGCAAAUGUGUCCUUUCUGCAGUCAGCUUUGACUUCUACACUUGUCUCUGCCAACGUGAACCCCACUGAGUCUCAGUAUACGUGCCACCCUCUGCCGCCGGUAUCGUUCCAGGCGCGAUACUCUGACCUGGUGCUCUUGACGCGGAGACUGCGCUCGACGGUUGAGAUGAAUGUCUUGACAGCACCCGAUGUGGAGGUUCCUCCGGCCACGUUUGAUGGCCAUUCCUUCCAGAUAAGUCCGUCGUGGAAGACCGAGCCACAAUCCAAACUAAGCAUCGUACAAUCAGAUGACACUCUAGCAGGGUCUUCCAUGCGACACUGUCAACUGGAAGAUCUGAAGCCCACAGACACAUGCGAUGGAGAUGAGGGUUCCGAUGAUGAAGACGAAGAGUUGCUGACGCCAUCUGGUGACACGCCAUCCUUCAUUGGAUCCCCGCUACUCUAUAAUUCUAUGGAGAAAGGCAAGGCUGCGCUAUACGAUGAGAACAUGGAACGGGUGAACAUUGCUGGAAAAGUCGAGGAAGUCGAAUCGUAA